GCAAUCUGAGAGGCUUUGCUGGAAAGCUGUGAAGGACGGUUCUGGAUUUCUUGGAGAGCGUUCUCCCAUCUGGACCCCUGCUUCCCUGCAGCUGGCACGGCCCCUGCCCCCUUAUUCCCCUGUGGCAGCGUGGCUGCUCUGUCCAUGCCCAGCAGCACCCUGUCAGCGCGAUGAUCUGUGCUCAGGGUGUGGCCGCCCCUCUGGUGCUCAGCUCUCUCCUGCUCCAGCUGGCCGGGGGCAGCUGCCCCUCCGGCUGCCUGUGCGCCUCUGACAUCCUGAGCUGCGGGUCCCAGGGCCUGGAGCAGCUGCCCGCCGAGAUGCCCGCGUCCACCGCCACCCUGGACUUCAGCCACAACCGGCUGGUGCGGCUGGAGGAGGGCGACUUCUCAGGUCUCCCCCGCCUGGACACCCUGCGCCUGGCCCACAACCGGCUGACCCGGCUCUCCCCCGGGAGCUUCCGCAACAGCAGCGGCCUGCGCCACCUGGACCUGUCCUCCAACGAGCUGCACGUGGUGGAGCAGCACUACUUCCAGGAGCUGCUGGGGCUGGAGGAGCUCCUGCUCUUCAACAACCGCAUCACCCGGGUGGAGAGCAAGGCGCUGAGCGGCCUCAGCAACCUGCGCAGGGCCUACCUCAGCCACAACCGCCUCACGGACUUCCCCUUCUUCUCCAUCCAGGAGCAUAGCCACCCCUUCCUCAGCACGCUGGACCUGUCCUCCAACCGCAUGCCCAAGCUGCCCCUGGAGGACAUCGCCGCCCUGCCGGCCUCCGUCCAGAGCGGCCUGUUCCUCCACAACAACACGCUGAUCUGCGAAUGCUCCAUGUACAGCAUGUUCCGCCACUGGGAGCAGAGGGGCUACGGCUCGGUGAAGGACUACCGGGAGGAGCACACCUGCCUAGUGUACGGGGAGCGCCGGGCUUCCGUGCGGUUCUUCCAGCACACCCGCUUCUUCGAGAACUGCACCCUGAGGGUGCAGAGCUUGCUGGGCGAGCCGGCUGCCAGCCUGCUGGCGUACGAGGGGGACUCGGUGUUCCUGGACUGCCAGACCUCCUUGAGGGGCCCGCAGCUGACGUACCUGUGGGUGUCCCCGCACCAGGAGUACGUGGCCCCGCCGGGCAACAACGUCACCCUGCGCAUGUUCCCCAACGGCACGCUGGAGAUCCAGGCCGCCAAGACGGAGGACUCGGGCGUGUAUCUGUGCAUGGCGGUGGACCGGCAGCAGAUGCGCAACGAGACGCGGGAGGUGAACGUGACGGUGGCGGUGCACCGCAGCGAAGCCGAGCCCUUCAACACGGGCUUCACCACACUGCUGGGCUGCGUGGUCAGCCUGGUGCUGGUGCUCAUGUACCUCUACCUGACGCCGUGCCGCUGCUGGUGCCGCAAGCAGCCGCCCGCCGCCACGCCGAGCCCCGCCAACGAGUGCAGCGCCCAGUCCUCUAUUCUAACCCCGACACCUCCCGCCACCACCGAGGGGCCCGGGCGCAAGGCCAGCAACAACAAGCACGUGGUCUUCCUGGAGCCCAUCAAGGAGGUGCAGAACGGGCGGCUGCGGGCGGCGCUGGCCUCCGACAACCCCAAGCUCCAGCACCUGCGGGGCGACACGGACUCCAUCACCUCGGUUUUCUCAGACACACCCAUCGUGCCGUAGCGCGGCGACCUCGCUCCCGACGAGCGCGGGAUCUCACGGGGCCGUCGGCCGCUGGCGCUGAGACCGGGACAUAGAGAGGGAAGAGGGCCUUCGGACCGCACCACGGCCCGCCACAACCCCCCCCAGCGGGCCUAACACCAAGCGGACUGGCCGGGCUGCGGGGGACGGGAGACCGGGACACCGGGACAGCAGGACUGCUGAGUGACACCGCUUUGGACCGAUAUCUACCAGUAAUAACAAAAGGGUAGUGUUGCCCCCUUUAGCACUGCUUGAGCCUUUAGAUAACCAUAGCUAACGUUGCCUUGUUUCAUAAAUUAACUAUUGGACACAGACACAGACAGAGCGAAAGUACCAAUCGCACACUUAGUAACUGACCGCUCCUGCGAGUCAGGUCGUCGGAGGGAGAGGAGACGAGCAGCAGCACAGUUACAUACCUCUAGCAAAAUCCAUUAGUUUGAACUACAGUUUAAAGGAUAUGCCUAUAUUGAAACCUGUGAAGAACAGCUAUCUCAGAGUCGUAUACAAAACCCCACUUUUACCCCAGUGUGGUUCUUGGCUAAUGGACUGUAUAUGCGGGGCAGUGCAAAAUUCAAAACAUAUCUGGAAAUGUCAAGUAGAAGUAGCCUAUUUAUUGCAUAUGUGAGCAUUUUGGAAAUACAAACACUGAUCCUUCAGACAAGAGGGAAUUGUGCUACGAGUGCACUUUCCGACAGAAGGGGCUGUUUAACAAGUUUGUUCUUGAUGUUCAGCCAUGCAGGCUGUGACCAGUGACAUCAGCGUGGAUAUGGAUAUU